GCUCCUCCUCCUCCUCCACCUCCUCCUCCUCCUUCAGGCGUCACCGUCUCUCUCGUGGAUGUAGAUCCGUGCAGCGGGAGCUCUCCUCGGCUGCUGCCUGUCAUCCAUCCAUCCUUCGCUGUGUGGAGCUGGUUAAAAACUGAAAAGAGAGAAGUUUCUCUCCAGCCAUGCACAAGGUGGAGGGACGGGUAACCCCGGUUAACCUGCCGUCCUCCAGGGGCCCAAGUGCCCCGGGGUCGCCUGCUACUGGCAUUGUGGCCAGAGUUAAUGACGAGGUAGUGGGCUACAGAGACCUGGCAGCUCUCCCCAAAGAUAAAGCCAUCCUGCAGGUAGAGCGACCUGACCUGAUGACCUACCAACCACACCUGACCUUCUCACCGCUCGACCCUCCGCGCAGAGAGCGAUCCCUCUCUCCUCCCUCCAUGUCUCCGACCAUGUCUCCCGAGGUGAAAGGUCGCAGGGCAGAGAGUGACAGUGGUUCACCUGGAGGAUCUUCACUGCAGCUUAACGCAGGACGCAAGAUCAGCAUCAGCCUGCAGCAUUUUCACCGACCAGAAAAUGGAAGCAACAUCUACAGGAAACCUCCCAUCUACAAACACGAUGCAGGCAAACAGCCGGAAGGGGGUGGAGUCAUCAGCUCAGCAAAGUUUCCCGCAGCACAGCCGCCGGAUCCCAAUCAGCCAUCCAAGAUAGAGACAGAGUACUGGCCCUGCCCGCCGUCACUGGCUACCAUGGAGAUCGAGUGGAGAAAGAAGAAGCUGCAGGAGGAAGAUGAGUUUGAGGAUCUGACAGAAGAAGCCAAGACACUGCAGGAGCAGGAGCUGGAGAAGAUCAAGUCAAACCUGGGUCGUCUGAUCCUGAAGGAGGAAAAGGAAAAAGCCGUUCACUUCAGGAGGAAGACACAGUCGCUGCCCGACAGAACACACAUGCAUACGAGUUUGUCGGCGAGUGUGUCCAAGUCUCCGACUCACUCAGGCCCGGGUUUGACCAGAAUGCAGUCUGCAGAGUUUUCUACAGAAGCAGAGAAAGUUUGUGCAGCUGCCCAGAACGGAGACGCUCGCAGAGAGAGGAUGGACAGAGGGAACUCUCUGCCCAGUAUUCUGGAGCAAAAGAUUUAUCCCUAUGAAGCGCUGAUUGUGACCCACAGGGGGCGCUGUAAGCUGCCGCCAGGAGUCGACCGCACUCGUCUGGAGAGACACCUGGCUCCUGAGGACUUCGAGCAGCUCUUCGGGAUGAAGAUGGCUGAGUUCGACCGUCUCUCUCUGUGGAAACGAAAUGAACUGAAGAAGAAAGUCUCACUUUUCUAACAGGAAGUGACGUCAUCAACCGUGGAUACUUGACAAACGUCAGAGGAAGAAGAAGAAGAAUGAGGCCAUAACAGCAGAAAUCAACAUUACUAACCAAUCACAUCCAUGGAUUUGAGCUGGCUCCGCCCCCAGAGGAUCAGAGUGUUUCCUCUUGUUAGCGAAGAAAGAAAGUGUAGCUCUGACUAACACACACACACACACACACAUGCUGUGCUGCACUUAUAAUCACCACCGCUUCAGUCACUUGUGUCACAUGACUUCAUCAUCAUCAUUAUCAUCAUCAUCAUCUGUGUCAGUCAAACCUGCAAUGUGAUGAUGCAAGUAGCUGUUCAGUUGUCAUGGAGAUGGUUCACAAGCGACCAAUCAGAUCACAAGAAAAUCGCAGCGUGACGGAGAACAAGCCAAGAAUGGAGCCCUCUCAUUGGUUCACGCGACACAGCGUGGACCGAGCGCCCUGAGAUUUUACUUCAUUAUUAUUAUUAUUAUUAGCACUACUCUGAUCUUCUGCUGCGUCGCUGCCCCAGAGGUCAUGUGGUGAACUGCACGCCUGAUUUCUCAAACCACACCCAUAACCGUUUACAGGCCACGCCCACCUUUAACCAACGGACUUGGGAAAUGCAACUUAAAACUAUUCAAACACUCAUCGGGACUGUAAAAAACGUCAUUUAACGUUAAAAGUACGUGUUAAACAUGCGUCGUAAAUACAUUCACAAAAAAGUCAUCGUAUACUCAGGACAUUUUGGACGCCUUAGUAUACGAGGACGUUUUUGCGACAUUUUGGAAUCCUACUACUGUAUGACUUUUUUGCGACAUUUUGGUCGCUGAACUACUCUAUUUGAAAGUAAACAAAAUUUAAACAAAAACGAUCUAAAUAAAAAACAUGUACACAUUAUUCGAUAACGAACGAUAUAUUUGAUAUAUUGAUGCGACCAAAAAAAACAAGAUUUAAAUUUUAGUGAUAUUCAAACAUUGACAUUUAAACAAAAUAAAUUGGGUGAAAUGUUACAGCAUUAUUCAAACGUGUGUGUGAUUAAACUUUGAAAACGAACAUGAUCUAAACAUUAUUUUUAAUUUAAAAAGUACUUUAUUGAUUUAUUGCACACAUCACUAUUUAAAAAAAAACAUGAUUUAAACAUUGACUUGGUUCAAACGUCAGCGUUAUUCAAACAUUAAUGUGAUUUAUAUGAGAAAAAAAACUUUAUUUUGGAGUUUAAAUACAGAAAAUAACCUUUUAAUUUCAAACUUUAAUGUGAAAUUUAACACUUAUAUUUGUGACAUCAGUAAACCAACUCCAUGGCACCAGAUGUGAUGAUGUCACCUAUUAAUCAAACGUAUUGAUCACGUGAAGCCAUUUUAUUUAUUUGAUUGUAAUUUUUUGCUGACUCAUGUUUGUCUGCUGCUCUGAGCUGUGCUCUUGUUCUGAAAAUAAUGUUUCUGCUGUACAGUUGUUGUUGUUUAUUUUUUAUUUAAUGACCUCACUGAUGACAUCAUCCCUCUCGUUAACUCACCACCACUAACAUCAUGCAGACGUUAAAGGAGUAGUUUUUACUAAUCGACAUGGUAAUAUUUGUAUCUGCUUCGUUCUGGUGACGCCUUCACGCCAUCGCUCCACUUUCUGUUUCUGUCACACAAUGGAAGGAAAAUAAACCAGAAAAUAUCAA